AUGUUCUUCGCCCUCCCCGCCAUCUUUGAGGCGGGCGCCAGCCGCCUCCCGCGUUUUGCCACCGCCGGCAGCUCGCGCUCCAUGUCUACCAUCCAUCUCGGCAACCUUGCCCCAGCAAAGGGCUCGACCAAGACUGUUCACGCGCAAGGGAGAGAGAGAGGAAUAAACUGUGAAGGCGGUUCCCCGGGAGAAUGGCCUGGAAUCGUGCCCAUGUUGGCUCGAGUAUUGGCCCAGGAACGUUGGGCUGUUCGACGGAGUGUCCAGCCACUUCAUCGUUGGGUGUCCCGACCUCCCGCUCCUUCAGCGUCUCUUCCUCUCCCUCAGCAUCUCCUCACUGUGCUCCUCAACACUCGUCGCGGUCGUGGACAGGGUUCGACCAAGGGUGGUACCGCCGGUCGCGGUCACAAGGGUCAGCUCGCGCGUUCCGGCAACGGCAAGCCCGGCCCAGGCUUCGAGGGAGGUCAGACGCCCAUCACCCGUCUGUUCCCCAAGCGCGGCUUUGUCAACCAGAUGAAGCGCGAGUAUGCGCCCCUCUCCAUCGCCACGCUGCAGCGCUUCAUUCAGUCGGGCCGCAUCGACCCCAGCCAGCCCAUCACCAUUGGCACCGUCGUCCACUCGAACGCUGUGCACGGCCUCUCGAAGAAGCAGGGCAUCAAGCUCCUCGGCACGCCCAACCCCGACCUGCCGCUGCCCGCGCUCGAGCUUGAGCUCUCGCGCUUCUCCAAGAGCUCGGCGCAGGCGGUCAUCGACGCCGGCGGCAAGGUCACUGCCGUCUACCGCAACGCCCUCGCCCUCCGCCAGGAGGUCUUCCCCCACAAGUUUGACUCGCCCAUCAAGAUCGCCGAGCCUAUUCGUAGGACGGACAUUGAGUACUACUCCAACCCCGAAAACCACGGCUACCUGGCCAAGGCCAAGGCUGCGGCUUUGGCGGCCAAGGCGGCAAAGAGGACUCAGUAG